AAGACUCCAUCUCCCACAAUGCCUCGCACACAACGACCGGCCGUGAGAGGAGAGAAGAGGACGGAGAAGAGUUUGCGCUCCAUCCAUGGAGCUUUCCUCUGCAGGGCAGUGACGCAGAGGCAGCCGCAGACAUGGUGAAGGAUCAGGAAGUGGAGCGCAUCGCCAGAAAGUUGGAUAAAAUGGUGCAGAAGAAGAGCACGGACAAUGCUCUGGACCUGCUGAGAGAACUGAAGAACAUCAACAUGUCUCUGGAGACACUGCAGUCUACCAGAGUGGGUAUGUCGGUGAACGCUGUGAGGAAACAAAGUUCAGACGAAGAAGUUCAGACUUUAGCCAAAACUCUCAUCAAGUCCUGGAAGAAACUGCUGGAGGGUUCAGAGGAGAAGAAAAAGGACGGCUCUCCGGUGAGGUCUUCAUCCACCUCCAAGGAUUAUGGCAGCAGUGAAAAAGGCAGUAAAUCUUCUGAGGGGCCCCCGUCCACCCCCACUUCCCCAACUACCACCACCCUCUCUCAGGUCACCUCCUUCCCCCCUGCCCCUGUAACCAUGGGCUGCGUGAGAAGCAAGAGUCGAGAGCUGCUGGUAGCGGCGCUGCAGACGGACGAUGACCACAAGGCCAUCAGAGUGGACUGCGAGCACCUGGCGGCUCAAAUCGAAGAACAGAUCUUCCAGGAGUUUAAGUCGACAGACAUGAAAUAUAAAACCCGUCUACGAAGUCGAAUCUCCAACCUGAAAGACCAGAAGAACCCAGAACUGCGCCGCAACGUACUGUGUGGAAACAUCUCGCCACAUCGCAUCGCCUGUAUGACUGCUGAGGAAAUGGCGAGUGCAGAGCUGAAGCAGAUGAGAGAGGCUCUGACAAAAGAGUCGAUCAGACAGCAUCAGCUUUCCAAGGUCGGAGGAACUGAGACGGACAUGUUUAUCUGCAGCAAGUGUCAUGGAAAGAGCUGCACGUACACACAGGUGCAGACCCGCAGCGCUGAUGAGCCCAUGACCACUUUUGUUUUGUGUAACGACUGCGGCAAACGAUGGAAGUUCUGUUGAAGAAAACUCGGCCGUUUAUUCUUCUGUCAAGAAGCAAAUUGAAGUUAUUGAAGUUUAUUUUAUUUUAUUUUUUUUGGUGUAAUUUCUUUUUAUAUAUCAAACUAAAUGCUGCAAUGUAUUUGGAGAGACAAAAGCCAGCUGAUGUUGUCCAUUGGUUGAAUUGGUUUUGUAUUGAUGACUGAGACUUCCUUUCUGAAGACGCUUGAGCCAGAUUCAAAUCACAGCUCAUAGUGUGUCUUUCUUUGCCAUGAUGUGCUGAACAUAUUAAAUCUGCUCUUGGAUGAAGACCAUCGAAUCGCUGUUUUUAUUGUUUUGGCUUCAGAAAUCACCAUCAUCAAUAAAAAGGGAAACCAUCCCUGCCCCCUGGUGAACCUUGAAGUUAAUCACAAAGAAAUCGGCAGUCUUUCUUUUAGAAUUUCAUUUGAAUGGAGAGACGCAGAAUAUCAACCAAAAAUCUAGAGAAACACAUUAGACAAAACUGAUGUCAUGUUAUUGGCUGAAAUGAGUAUUUGAGCCUUUACAACCCAGCUAGAAUUCCGGUUCCCACCGUAGACCUGCCCAAGGCUGGAAUGAAGUAAAAGACGACCACCAUGAACUUGGUGAGGCAUUGAGUUUGAGUAUUCAGAAAUUGGACUGAAAUGUUCAAGCAGGCCCAUCUGACGUUUGCAGUGAACAUCUAAAUGAUUCAGGAAAGCCGGGUGAGCAAGUGCUGUGGUCAGAUGAAACCAAAAUGGAACUGAGCUCUACCCGUAUGACCCAAAGAACAGCAUCCCCACCGUUGGGCAUGGAAGUGGAAACUUGCUUGAAGUCGUUUUUCUGAGUGUACAGGCCCUGUGUCUUCAAAGCACAGGGCCAUGUACCAUUAAAAUCUUGGACCAGAACCUCGUCCCCUCAGCCUGAAUGCUGAAGAUUGGUUGUGGGUGGGUUUUCCAGGAAGACCUUAAACAUAGCACUAAGAGAACAAAGGACCGGCAAAAGCGAGGAUCCAGAAUGAGGUAUUAUGCACAGUCCUCACCAGUCUCCUGUCCUCAGGUCAAUGAAAAGUCUGUGGUGAGAGUUGAAGCUUCGAGUUAAUGCAGAAUAUUUUGUCUCCUUUGAAAUGAACCAGAAACCAUUUCUUUCUUUGUGGGAAAACUUUCAUCACAUAAUGAUUUCUUUCACUGUAAUUUCCCCAAAGACUUGUUAGACUGAGUCAGUGGUGGUACGAUGUCAUCGGCACUUGGGUUUGAUUAUAAUAAAUGAUGUUGUGUUUUCAGUCAUUCUGUAGGUUGGACUGGCUUCCAAUCUGAAAAAUGUUGAUUAAUACGAACUGAGAAGAAUUCGGCUGGUUUACAUGCCACCUGUAGGGAAAAAAAAAUCUUGAUGGUUGUUUAGCUGAGUGUGACUUUUAGCUCAUCGAGACGAAUGAACGAUGACCUCGUGCAGCGUUGAGGUACCAGCAUUGUCUCUCCACUCCUUCACAGUUCAUCUUCACUGUCGGUCAGUGAAAAUGAGAUUAAUUUACCCUCAGACUAUUUGCAGAGUUACUCUAAUCCUCUAUUUAAUGGAUUAUAAUUCCCAUUGUUAGUUUGUGCAAAACAGCCAACGAGUGACAACAAACCUUCCUCUACUUGACUGGUUACAGUACCAGUGAACCCUGAUGAUUGCUAAUCCUGGUUAUAUCACCCCUGAAGGUGUUCAACGCCUCAAAUUCAACACAAAUGUUCACACAGACUCGGGAAAGGUUUUUCCACCAAGACUCAACAAAUAUUUUUCAGGCUAUAACCGAAAGGAGCUUCAUGCCCCAAAAUGUCAAGGACAAGUCUAAACGGACGAGGCUGGUUGGCUGAUAGGCAGAUUAAACAGAUCUGUGAUGGUGGCAGUCGGAUGCAUAUCUAACCUGGCCUGGACAGACCAACAUGCUCUUACUUUUGAGAAGUUAAACAGUAUUCGUCUGAAUAAAUGUGGACGUUAACACUGUACCACGAAGCAUCCAGCAAAAGACAGACUACUUAAACAAAGAGCAGAGGCCUCGUGCUGUUUUUCUAAAUGCUGCUGGUGUUUGGAAGUGUGUUGACAGGUAGGAUGAAGAGUGGUGGGGAAACAGAGCUGAGAAGGAUUCUGUUGUGUUUGUUGUGGAAACACCGGUGAGCUCUUCCCAUACAUGAGCAUGAAGAGAGACAGAGAAAACAGAUAUAACAUAUGUACAAAUGAAUCUUUUCACAAGUCUAUUUUUGUCAAGAGAACAUAAUUGGUGCUCAGUGGAAACCGUCUGAGAUUAUAGAUUUCAGGGAGCUGGUUCAUUAUUUUCUGUGUUUGUGGAAACUUUAUUGAGUUGUACUCUUGGCUCCUGUUGUGCUCUAAGAACUGUUUAUUAGAAAGUGUCUGACCUUAACCCAGCAGCAGAGAAGUUGUGUCCUGGACUCCAAAGAAUUCCCCUCGUUCUGGACACGACACUGAGGAUCAAGAUUUUGUCACAGUCAUUCAAACCAGGCAGCAGCAGAUUAGUGACUGACCUCGAGCUGUGGACGGACACGUUUGUGUCAUUUUAAGCAUCUUCCUGUCCUACAAUGGUGUUUGUCUCCAUCCUUCACCCAGCGUGAUCGUUACUGGGAACAGUUUAACCCUUACCCUCCUGCUUCCUGUGCUGAUGAUUUUAUAUUAGCUCUGUAGCUAACCGUGAACUAAAGUUCUAUAUAUCCUGACUUCCUGGACUAAAAUCUGAAACUCCAGUCAGCGAUAACGGGUAUCGUGAUUACCAGCCUUCUCUGUUAAGCCGGGCUCUUUGCUUCAGGCUCACAUAAAAAAGGUAUUUGACACGUCACGUCAGUCUUGUUUCUUAUCAAAUGAUCCCUGUGAGCACCCCCUGCUCAGAUGCUUUAUCAGAUGAGGAUAAAUAAAAAUACAACACCUCUG